AUGGCUGAGUGUGGAAUUGUAAUAGGAGCGAGCAGAGGAAUUGGAAAAGCCUUAACUAUAAGACUUGCAACCCAAUAUCCUGAUCUUCCUAUAAUAGCAAUUUCAAGUUCUAUAGUCUCUUCUCAAACUGCUGUAGAAUAUUCUCGAACUCACCCUAAUAUUUCAUGCUUCGAUGCUGAUAUGAGCACAAUGGAAGGAGUUUUAUCCGUAGUCAGCCACAUUCAGGGCAAAAUUAGAUUCCUUGUCUAUGCUUCAGGUGUCCAAGGGCCAUUAUGGUCAGAAAAUAUAACUGCAGAAGAUUUCGACAAUGUUAUGCAUAUUAAUACUAGAGCAAUAUUUUUCUUAACGAGAGGACUUGCUGAAAAAUUUGCUCAAGGGUCGAAGUUAUUAAUAAUAAGUACAGGUCUGGCACAUGAAUACUUGAUCCCUUUCCCUAUUUAUUCGAUUUCAAAAGCUGCGUUAUAUAUGACAUAUCAAGUAUUAAAGCAAGAAAUCAAGACGACUUCAGUAGGUUCUGUUCAACCUGGAGCAGUUAAGACUCAGAUGCUUGAUAAUACUGAAGUUAAACUGCAAACAGAGCUGAAGUUUCCAAAAAUUGAAGCAGAUUUAUGUGCAAAAUUUUUAGCCUAUUUGAUAAGUGAUCGAGUAAACUGCGAAAGAUUUUCUCAGGCUGAGUGGAGUAUUUAUACACCAGAUCAUCAUUCUGAAUGACUUGAAGAAGGAGAUGAGGCACCUUUAUGGAUUGUUUAA